AUGGCACGAGUAGAUUGCAGAGUACUUACCAUUUUUCAAAUGAAGCCAGCCUCCCUUCAUUCAUUCACAGACCUGCUUGGUUCAAGUGAUCAUGCUUUGGCAUCUGUACCUGAAAUCCUCCAGGACUCUUGUAACUCCGAUUACACAAUUCCGGACCCAUGUGCGUCUGAUUUGCUCAGCCUUUUCAGCAUAACUGUACAGAGUGUCAAGCUUUGGAGAGAGGCGGCAGCAGUCAGGGCUGUGGGAGAGACUGGCUGUCUUUCUGUUGGUACAAGUCGACCCGGGGCGCAUGUUUGCGCCGUGGCAACCAGACGUCAAGACGUUGCCCUAUUUACGGAGUACCAGAAUCAACAGAAUUCCAUGAGGAACCAUGGCAGGGAAGGCAAACUGCCAACGACCCUCAAGGCAGAUGUUCAUCAAAGCUUGAAGUUUGGUAGCUUGAUGAUAGGGAAAUCCAGAGGAGCCAGGAUGGCCUGGUGGAGAAAAGCCAAUUCGAUGCCUUGCUUGGCAUCCCUGCUUCCAUUUUGCUCUCAAACAGACCCUGAGCCAUGCCGGAUGGCUGCAGUCUACGGAGACUGUCAACCGGUGGGUAGCUGUGCUUCGCGAAACGGCUCUGUUUGCAAGACGGAUGCGCAAUCACUCAAAUUGCACCGAUGGUUCUUUAACGAGCAAACCAGUCGUUGUGAGGUUUUCAACUUUUCAGGAUGUGGAAAUACUGUAAAUUUUUUCGACGACAUCAUGGCUUGUCACAACGCCUGCAAGUCUAGAAUCGUUAUGGCAGAUCGUAAGUCUCAGGUUUUUUCACUCUUCUGUGUCUAUUUCCAUUUACCGCCUUCAGACCUCCCUUCAAUCAAAUUGUUGAAGAACCGUAAAUUCAUAUUUUCAAUUUAA